AUGGGUAAUGCUGACUUUGAUGAUCAAUAUUCACAUCAAAAGGUAGAAAUCCCACCACCAAAGCCAUUCUUGAAGACACUCAAAUCUUGUGUGAAAGAAACAUUAUUUCCUGAUGACCCCUUUAGGAAAUUCAAGAAGCAGCCACUUACCAAGAAACUUACUUUGGGUUUGCAGUAUUUUGUCCCCAUCCUCGAUUGGGCUCCUCGUUAUACGUUUCAGCUUUUCAAAGCUGAUUUUAUUGCUGGAAUCACCAUUGCUAGUCUUGCUGUUCCUCAAGGGAUAAGCUAUGCUGGUUUGGCUAACUUGCCUCCAGUUAUUGGACUUUAUUCAAGCUUUGUGCCACCGAUGGUAUAUGCGAUGUUGGGAAGUUCGAAGCAUUUGGCAAUAGGGAAUGUGGCGGUUCCAUCACUUCUCAUAUCUGCAAUGCUUGGCCGAGUGGUUAAUCCUCACGAUAAUCCCAAGCUUUAUCUUCAGUUGGUAUUUACUGCUACUUUCUUUGCUGGAGUUUUCCAAGCGUCCUUAGGCUUGUUAAGGCUAGGAUUCAUAGUGGACUUUCUAUCGCAUGCAACAAUAUUAGGGUUCAUGGGAGGAGCAGCCACAGUAGUGUGCUUACAGCAGCUGAAAGGAAUUCUUGGACUUGUUCAUUUCACCCAUGAAACUGAUAUUGUCAGUGUCAUGCGCUCCAUCUUUAGCCAAUUACACCAG